AUGUCUAAGCCAUUUGAGGAUCCGACAAUGUUGGCGUUCGAUCUAUUUGACCGAUCUUGUAUGCUGAGGCCGAAAGACGGCCACAAGGACCAUGUCACCAGAAAAGGCUUGUGUACAUGGGAAACCAGGCUCGGUUAUGGUGACGUUCUGCUCAUUCAAGAUGUCAUCGUCGAAAAGCUCUACCGACGACUCGGGCUGGGGAAGAAAACUAUUCGAGGUCUGCUAGAGGCAGCUAAGCGCAAGACCGAGUAUGGGGCUCUUGCUGCUAUCCUCUGGCCCGAGUCCUCCAAAGGUGGCCCUUUCGAAGAUCUUCUCAGGUCGGGGGCAGAGGCUCUAUGUAUUAUCCAGCCACUGAGAAGAUACUCCAUGUUCACAUGGAAAGAAUCAGACUAA